AUGCAGACCCAGAUUUGGAUUCUGCACAGUUCAGGACUCCUGAGCUGCGCAUUGCAGAAAGCCAGUGUGAACGGCAACACCCUGAGGGAACAGGAAUGUAGGGAUCCUGGCCAAACCACUAGCCUCAGGGCAACCUGGAGCUGGGAAUGUGGAUACUCUCUGGGCUUUUCCUCCCUGAUCCUGGCUCAUCGCUGCUUCCUGCUCACCUGGCUGUCCCUUGCAGGCUGCAACUUUAACCAUAGACAGCACUGGGCUUGCGUCCUUAGCACCCCAGAACCAGAAAGGAGGGCACUCUUUUCCAUCAACUCUAUUCCCACUGGGCUGGCCUGGGUUAACAGCCCUCCCGGAGGUCAAGGAAACAUCCUCUCUUACCAGGAAAGGCUGGAAGUGGUAAAGAAGCUAACAAGGAAUAGUCACUACAGCUCCUUACUAGGUAGGCACAGCUCUGUCAAGACCGAUAAUGCUGCAGGCACAGCUCCCUUCCACCUGGACCUCUGGUUCUACUUCACCCUGCAGAACUGGAUCCUGGACUUUGGCCGCCCCAUUGCCAUGCUGGUGUUCCCUCUUGAAUGGUUUCCACUCAACAAGCCCAGCGUGGGAGACUACUUCCACAUGGCCUACAAUGUCAUCACACCCUUUCUUCUGCUCAAGCUCAUCGAGCGGUCCCCCCGCACCCUGCCACGCUCCAUGAUCUACGUCAGCAUCAUCACCUUCAUCAUGGGUGCCAGUAUCCACCUGGUGGGCGACUCCGUGAACCACCGCCUGCUCUUCAGUGGCUACCAGCACCACUUGUCCGUCCGCGAGAACCCCAUCAUCAAGAAUCUCAAGCCUGAGACCUUGAUCGACUCCUUUGAGCUGCUCUACUACUACGACGAGUACCUGGGCCACUCCAUGUGGUACAUCCCCUUCUUCCUCAUCCUCUUCAUGUACUUCAGCGGCUGUUUCACUGCCACCAGAGGUGAGAGCGCAAUGCCAGGGGCGGCCCUGCUCCUGGUGGCGCCCAGUGGCCUAUACUACUGGUACCUGGUCACCGAGGGCCAGAUCUUCAUCCUCUUCACCUUCACCUUCUUCGCCAUGCUGGCCCUCGUCCUGCACCAGAAGCACAAGCGCCUCUUCCUGGACAGCAACGGCCUCUUCCUCUUCUACUCCUUUGGGCUCGCCCUCCUGCUUGUGGCGCUCUGGGUGGCCUGGCUGUGGAAUGACCCUGUCCUCAGGAAGAAGUACCCAGGCGUCAUCUACGUCCCCGAGCCCUGGGCCUUCUACACCCUCCAUGUCAGCAGCGGACACUGAGUCCCUGGCGCCCACCACUGGUGUCCCGCCGGGCAGGGGAUAGGCCGCGGAGGGCGUGUGCACAUGGACUGUGCGUGUGUGCCCACGGCCACAUGUGCCAGCCCGUGUCUAACUGAAGACAUGGAAUGGGUUACGUGUGCACACGGACGGUAUCAUUAUAAGGCUCCAUUGUCCGGUCAAGUUUCUUGUUCAGAUCUCAGUUCAGGUCUUCUCGGGCGGGGCUAGUGUUAGGCAGCGUCUCUAGGCCGAGAUCUGGGCCCUGCCUUCCUGUGCCCUGACUGGAACCAGGUCCCCCUCGCUGUCUCUGCUCAGGGCUGCUCUUGGCUUCUGGUGGCCGAGCGGAGGAGGCUUGGGCCGAAGCGAGGAUGGGACUUGGUAUUUGCCUUCCCACACACCUGUUACAGGCCUACAGUGACCUUGCCAGCUAGAGUGCACAAGUAACUCGAGGUUCUGAGUAUUACUGAGCAGAACGUGUCCCCUUUGGGGCCUCCUCUGUAUUCACUGGGCCAGUGGCCUCAAAAUGGGUGAGUGGGCUGGUUGCAGAUCCUCUUGGGCAGCCCUGGAAUGGACAGAAAGUUCUAUCUGCCUUGGAUGGAGAAUGCACACCUCAGGCCCUACGGGGUGUUGAGCCUCCCUGACAUGGGAGCCCGAGGCAGCCCACUCCCGUAACCACCAGUCUGAUCUGGGAAUCUGGCCACGCCAGCCCUCAGCCUUCUCCCCACUGCCCCUGUGGGAGAGUUGGGGCACCCCCUUCUUGCCAGCCUAACUGAGCUUCUGUGGAAAAUUAAACUCUUAAACACUCAUUCUAUUUUCUGAGCCCCAGAAAGGGGGGGGGGGCCUUCUUAACAGAGCACUCCUACUCUUCCCAGGCAUUGGGUACAGGUCCUCUCAUGCAGCGGCAGCCCCCAGCUUAAUUUUCCAGCUGAUUCCAACCCACAGGAGCAUGCGGGACCCUCGGACCUGCCCUGCCUCCUUUCCUAUGUUCUCAGGGAGCCCCAACCCUCAGAUCCUCCUUUCAUGUUGAGGUCCCUCUAGGUUCCCUUACAAGUCCCAGCCCCUGGUCUGCCCAGCAGCUUCAAGUGGUGAGAGAUGGGAAUAAAUGUUGUACAGA